GGGGGAAAGGAUGUUCUCUUUCUGGUCCAGGACUCAUGCGCAGGAAAAUUCUGUCGCAGAAUCUUUCAGUUGGAGUUCGUGAAGGAUAAGAAGUGAAUGUAAUCUUGUGCUGCACACAAAAAAUGUCCUUCCUGAAACUCUUCAAAGCUACAAAGAUGAUGAAAUUGGUGCCAUUUGGCAUCCUCAUCAUCUGUGGCUUCAUCUUCAUUGUGCGCGUGGACGACAAGGGGGCACAUGGGGAGAAAAUUGAAAUAAAUCCCAUCCCACUGACGGAACUCGUAACCGCUGGUGCUGUUCCCGUGGAAGUGAAGAAGAAGCCCAUUGUGCCGGAGAAGUACAACGAGGCGAAUGUACGGACACGGCUGAUGCAGGAGAAGAUUCGUCGGUUGAUGGCAAAGAAUCAGGAUGCUGGACGUGAGGAGGGUAGCCUCAAUGGUACUGAGCUCACAAGGCACGUCCAUAUCUUCUACUAUGCACCCGUUAAGUGGUUCCGUGAUGGUGCACGCAAUGCCACAGGGCAUGAUGGGAAGAUCACCAGACGCGAGACACCAAAUGUGAUUUUCUACCCAGCCCGCGGACUCUACUUGCCAACACAAGAAAUCUUCCAGGAACAUUGCAAGGAUAUCCGUGGUGCAGGUGUAGGGGUUGUUGUGCUCUCGUGGACACCAGCAUUCAAUCAGGAUCUCCUUCGGGUAUUCUUCAAUGUUACCCAAGAGCACAAUCUCACCGUAGCUGUUAGUAUUGAAUCCUACCCUGGACGAAGUGUUGACUCAGUGGAGAGAAAUAUCAAGUUCUUCUGUGAUACAUUCAGCAAUUACCUGCACAGGGUUCACGUACUGCCACGGAAUACCCCAAUGACAAUGUUCUACAUCAGGGAACCAUUUACAUUGCCAUGGAGUGAAUGGCGUGGAAUAAGGCGCUCAUGCGAUGCUCUCCUGAUUGCUCAUAUUGUCUCCAAGGAGCACACCUCAUUGGCACGUCGUUCGGGCUUUGAUGGCUUCUACACACUCUUGGGCAGCAAUGGGGCCACCUAUGCGUCCACAUGGAAGCACUGGCAGCACCUGCAGAAGUUUGCAUCGCAGUACAGGAUGCUCUUCAUCCCGUCCGUGGCGCCGGGAUUUGCCGAAAGGAAACGUUCAAUGAGGCAGAGGCACAGGAGCAAUGGCCAAUACUACGGGGUAGCGUGGCGAACAGCCAUUCGUCUCGGUGUUCCCAUCGUCAGUGUGUCCAGCUACAAUGACUGGCCACAUGGGGAUCAGAUUGAGGAUGCCGUCUCCCGGAUGGGCUUCAAGGACUACAGCACACCAAGUGGACGAACCCACAAAUACCUCCAUCUCACAGCGCACUGGAUUGAGGAGUUCCGGAAGCAAAAGGCAAAAGAGGAUCCAAACACUUGUGGGGCUCUCUUCAACAAUACCAUCUGUCUCUAAAUACCAUCCUUUACCACCAUCCCAAACUAAACCGUCGCAAGGAUUCACCUUUAGCACUUGUUAACUGCACAUUGGUAUUUCCCGAACCCAAAGGAACUCCCUGAGAGCAUCCAAAGAGAUUACAGAUAUCUGGUGAAGAAAACUCAAGAAAAAUCCAAGAUAGCCGCUAGCUGCCAUUUUGAGAUGUGGUCAACUUCAUUACCUAUGUCUUGUCUAGGUUUAAAAUUCUCUGCUGGGUAGAGCUUAAUGGUGCAAUUUUUGUGUAAAAAGAGUUUAAAGAAUAUUAUAUUUAAUUUAAAGAUUAGAAUUUUAUUUUCGUAGCCAAUUUCUGAGCUUGUAGUUGCAAUAAAAAUAUCAAAUAACAUUAAAAAAAAAAUCAGAAAUUAUGAUCCAGAAUUGUAGUUUGCAAAGAAUAAAUAAAAUUCUGCUUAGAAUUGUGUAGUACAAACUUAAAAAAAUAAAACUCUAAUUGAGGUUCAAAUGCUUCCUUAAUACAAAAAUAAAUAUAAAAAUAAUAAGAAAUAAUCUUCUUGCUUUAACAAACAAUAAAGUUUGAUCCGCAAAAUGUUCUAAUAAAAAUUGGAAAAUCUGCAAAAA